CACUCAAAAGCUCUCUGUUGUCCUGCGCGCGUGGAGAUCCGCCGCGCGCAUCCUCCGUGGCACCGCGCCGCUGUGGGCUCUCCGCACUUUCUCUCUCCUCCUCAUACGGGACCCCCACCCCCAUCACGUGCCCUCUCAAGCCCGUGUCCGCACGCGCCCGCAACCCUCCUCACCAUUACCCGACGGAAAGCGCACGUGCCAGCGCGCGCCUCGCAGACUCUGAAGAGGAGGCUGGCCGCCGCGGUGAUCGGGGUCGUCAUGGUUCUGGUUCUGAUCGUCGCUAUUCCCCUGCUGGUCCAGACCUCCGGGACCCGCGCGCACUACGAGAUGAUGGGCACGUGCCGCAUGAUCUGCGAGCCGUACGGCGCCACUGCGCGCGCCACCCUGGAAGUCCUGCAGGACCUCAGCAGCGUUCCCGCGCCCACUCUGGUCCAGGGCAUCAAAGGCGAACCGGGCCGUCCGGGUAAACCCGGACCGCGCGGGCCCCCGGGCGAGCCGGGCCCCCCCGGUCCCAGAGGGCCACCGGGCAACUGGAGGGACCCGGCGCGCGCCGGACAGCCAGAGAUGGGCACCGCGCGCGCAGACAUCAGCGAGGAGGAAAGCUCCACCUCUGGGGGGGCGAAGAUCGCCUUCUACGUGGGCCUGAAGAACCCGCACGAGGGCUACGAGGUUCUGCGGUUCGACGACGUGGUCACGAACCUGGGGAACCACUACGACGCCACGACCGGGAAGUUCACGUGCCAGGUGUCCGGGACCUACUUCUUCUCCUACCACGUGCUGAUGCGCGGGGGGGACGGCACGAGCAUGUGGGCGGACCUGUGCAAGAACGGACAGGUGCGCGCCAGCGCCAUCGCCCAGGACGCGGACCAGAACUACGACUACGCCACCAACAGCGCCGUGCUGCACCUGGACUCCGGGGACGAGAUCUACGUCAAGCUGGACGGCGGGAAAGCGCACGGGGGCAACAACAACAAGUACAGCACGUUCUCCGGGUUCCUGCUGUACCCGGACUGACCCGGACCGACCCGGACUACCGACGAACCGAUACAUCGUAAUCUCAUUGUCGCGUUAACGAUUCGGUUAAAGAUCGGAUUUAAGGUUUCAUUUUCAAAACUUUGUUCAAAAAGUUAUAAAUUCUUCUACAAAUUCAGGAGGGAUUCAUUUAGCAGGUUUAGGUUAAAUAACUGGAUUUGAUCCAUUUCAUCUGUGACCCUGUGACCCCGGUGACCCCCGGUGACCCCCGGUGACCCGGUGACCUCAGAACCUGCAGCUUAUACCAGUUCAUGUUUCCUGCCGACAAACCAAACAGAUACUUUAUCGAUGUC